AUGAGUGACAUAAAGGAAGAACCCGUGAUGAACAAGGAUGCUGCUGGACCUGCCUCGAUCAAGUUCCCGAUGCUAACAACCUCCAACUACACCGUCUGGUCCAUGAGAAUGAAGAUUGCACUUAAAGUCAGCGAGAUAUGGGAGACAAUCGACCCCGGAAACAAAGACGAGAAGAAAAAUAAUAUGGCCAUAGCGUUUCUGUUCCAAUCUAUACCGGAGGCUCUAAUACUGCAAGUUGGUAACUUAGAUACCGCAAAAUCAGUAUGGGAUGUGAUCAAAGUAAGGAACCUUGGAGCUGAAAGAGUUAAAGAAGCUAGGUUACAAACUCUAAUGGCGGAAUUUGACAGACUUAGGAUGAAAGAAACAGAGACUAUUGAUGCGUUUGCUGGAAAAUUGUCCGAGAUCUCAUCAAAAUCGGCUCUAUUGGGGGAGAUGAUAGAAGAGUCAAAAAUUGUGAAAAAAUUCCUGAAAAGUUUACCAAGAAAGAAAUACAUCCAUAUGAUUGCUUCUCUUGAACAACUUCUUGACCUAAACACAAUUAGUUUUGAGGAUAUCGUGGGAAGGCUCAAGGCCUAUGAAGAAAGAAUAUGUGAAGAGGAAGAUGAACAACAAGAUGAUGGAGGAAAACUGAUGUAUGCAAAUUCGGAUUCACAACAGGAUGGUUAUGGUUAUAAUAACAAUGGUGGAGCCAGAGGUAGAGGACGAGGUGGACGAUCUGGCUGGAGAGGAAGAGGUCGUGGCAGGUUUGGUAACUUUCAAGCUCAAAGAGACACAUAUAGACAAGGACAAGGGCGAGAUAUAUCACACAUAACAUGCUUCUCCUGCAACAAACAGGGACAUUAUGCGAAUGAAUGUCCUGACAAGACACUUAAGCUUCAAGAAGCCACUGAAGCCAAAACAGAGGAGACACAAGAGGCUGAUGAACUUAUGAUGCAUGAGGUCGUUUAUCUCAACGAAAAAAGGUCAAACCAAGCAUGUUCGACACAGACCUUGAUACAACAAACGUAUGGUAUCUUGACAAUGGAGCAAGCAAUCAUAUGA